AUGAACUGGAAAAGAGAGAAGGAAGACGGUAUCAAGAGCAUCACGGACGGACUGGUUCCAUCCCAUGUUUCAAAGAGCGUGUGUUUGGAAACGCUCCCAGAGGACUUGGACGGCGACUCCUCGGCGGGAUGCUACGAUCAGCUGCUGAUCUCCACCGAGGUCUUUCUCACUCUGGGCAUCAUCAGCCUGCUGGAGAACAUCCUGGUGGUGGCCGCCAUCGCCAAGAACAAGAACCUUCACUCGCCCAUGUACUUCUUCAUCUGCAGCCUGGCCGUGGCCGACAUGCUGGUCAGCGUCUCCAACGCCUCCGAGACCAUCGUGAUCGCCCUCAUCAACGGGGGCAGCCUGACCAUCCCGGCCAGCGUCGUCAAGAGCAUGGACAACGUCUUCGACUCCAUGAUCUGCAGCUCGCUGCUGGCGUCCAUCUGCAGCCUGCUGGCCAUCGCCGUCGACCGCUACAUCACCAUCUUCUACGCGCUGAGGUACCACAACAUCGUGACCCUGCGCCGUGCCACGCUGGUCAUCAGCAUCAUCUGGACCUGCUGCAUCGUCUCGGGCGUGCUCUUCAUCGUCUACUCGGAGAGCACCAUGGUCCUGGUCUGCCUCAUCACCAUGUUCUUCACCAUGCUGGUGCUGAUGGCCUCGCUCUACGUGCACAUGUUCCUGCUGGCGCGGCUGCACAUGAAGCGCAUCGCGGCGCUGCCGGGCAACGCGCCCAUCCAGCAGCGCGCCAACAUGAAGGGCGCCAUCACCCUCACCAUCCUGCUGGGCGUGUUCGUGGUCUGCUGGGCGCCCUUCUUCCUCCACCUCAUCCUGAUGAUCUCCUGUCCCAGGAACCCCUACUGCACCUGCUUCAUGUCGCACUUCAACAUGUACCUCAUCCUCAUCAUGUGCAACUCCGUCAUCGACCCCAUCAUCUACGCCUUCCGCAGCCAGGAGAUGAGGAAGACCUUCAAGGAGAUCUUCUGCUGCUCUCACGCCUUCCUGUGCGUGUGAGAGCCAGGCGCUUGC